AUGGGUGUUACCGGCUCCCUGUCAACCGAGUGUUUCUGGGUGAAGGGGUGUCCGACAUCCUACCCACCAACAUCCAACAUCCCCCGACCCUCAGUACCGGCCUACACCCCCGAACCUCAGUACUGGCCUACACCCCGACCCUCAGCACCGGCAUACACCCCGACCCUCAGUACCAACCUACACCCUCGAGCCUCAGUACCAGCCUACACCUCUCAUACUCAGUACCGGCCUAUACCCCGACCCUCAGUUCUAGCCUACACCUCCGACCCUCAGUACCGUCCUACACCCCCGACCUUCAGUACUGGCCUACAUCCCCGACCCUCAGUACCGGCCUACACCCCCGAACCUCAUUACCGGCCUACAUCCCCGACCCUCAGUACCGGCCUACACACCCGGCCCCCAGUACCGGGCUACACCCCCGACCCUCAGUACCGUCCUACACCCUCGAACCUCAGUACCGGCCUACACCCCCGACCCUCAGUACCGUCCUACACCCCCGACCCUCAGUACCGGCCUACACCCCCGACCCUCAUUACCGUCCUACACCCCCGACCCUCAGUACCGGCCUACACACCCGACCCUCAGUACCGGCCUACACCCCCGACCCUCAGUACCGGCCUACAGCCCCGACCCUCAGUACCGUCCUACACCCCCGACCCUCAGUACCGUCCUACACGCCCGACCCUCAGUACCGGCCUACACACCCGACCCUCAGUACCGGGCUACAGCCCCGACCCUCAGUACCGUCCUACACCCCCGACCCUCAGUACCGGCCUACACCCCCGACCCUCAGUACCGUCCUACACCCCCGACCCUCAGUACCGUCCUACACCCCCGACCCUCAGUACCGUCCUACACCCCCGACCCUCAGUACCGGCCUACACACCCGACCCUCAGUACCGGCCUACACACCCGACCCUCAGUACCGUCCUACACCCCCGACCCUCAGUACCGUCCUACACGCCCGACCCUCAGUACCGGCCUACACACCCGACCCUCAGUACCGGGCUACAGCCCCGACCCUCAGUACCGUCCUACACCCCCGAACCUCAUUACCGGCCUACACCCCCGACCCUCAGUACAGGCCUAGACACCCGACUCUCAGUACCGUCCUACACCCCCGACCCUCAUUACCGGCCUACACACCCGACACUUAGUACCGUCCUACACACCCGACCCUCAGUACCGUCCUACACCCCCGACCCUCAGUACCGGCCUACACACCCGACCCUCAGUACCGGGCUACAGCCCCGAACCUCAUUACCGGCCUACACCCCCGACCCUCAUACCGGCCUACACACCCGACCCUCAGUACCGUCCUACACCCCCGACCCUCAGUACCGGGCUACAGCCCCGACCCUCAGUACCGUCCUACACCCCCGACCCUCAGUACCGUCCUACACGCCCGACCCUCAGUACCGGCCUACACACCCGACCCUCAGUACCGGGCUACAGCCCCGACCCUCAGUACCGUCCUACACCCCCGAACCUCAUUACCGGCCUACACCCCCGACCCUCAGUACAGGCCUAGACACCCGACCCUCAGUACCGGCCUACACCCCCGACCCUCAGUACCGUCCUACACCCCCGACCCUCAUUACCGGCCUACACCCCCGACACUUAGUACCGUCCUACACGCCCGACCCUCAGUACCGUCCUACACCCCCGACCCUCAUUACCGGCCUACACACCCGACACUUAGUACCGUCCUACACACCCGACCCUCAGUACCGUCCUACACCCCCGACCCUCAGUACCGGCCUACACACCCGACCCUCAGUACCGGGCUACAGCCCCGAACCUCAUUACCGGCCUACACCCCCGACCCUCAGUACCGGCCUAGACACCCGACCCUCAGUACCGGCCUACACCCCCGACCCUCAGUACCGUCCUACACCCCCGACCCUCAUUACCGGCCUACACACCCGACACUUAGUACCGUCCUACACCCCCGACCCCCAGUACCGGCCUACACACCCGACCCUCAGUACCGUCCUACACCCCCGACCCUCAGUACCGGGCUACAGCCCCGACCCUCAGUACCGUCCUACACCCCCGACCCUCAGUACCGUCCUACACGCCCGACCCUCAGUACCGGCCUACACACCCGACCCUCAGUACCGGGCUACAGCCCCGACCCUCAGUACCGUCCUACACCCCCGAACCUCAUUACCGGCCUACACCCCCGACCCUCAGUACAGGCCUAGACACCCGACCCUCAGUACCGGCCUACACCCCCGACCCUCAGUACCGUCCUACACCCCCGACCCUCAUUACCGGCCUACACACCCGACACUUAGUACCGUCCUACACACCCGACCCUCAGUACCGGCCUACACCCCCGACCCUCAGUACCGGCCUACACACCCGACCCUCAGUACCGGGCUACAGCCCCGAACCUCAUUACCGGCCUACACCCCCGACCCUCAGUACCGGCCUAGACACCCGACCCUCAGUACCGGCCUACACCCCCGACCCUCAGUACCGUCCUACACCCCCGACCCUCAUUACCGGCCUACACACCCAACACUUAGUACCGUCCUACACCCCCGACCCCCAGUACCGGCCUACACACCCGACCCUCAGUACCGUCCUACACCCCCGACCCUCAGUACCGGCCUACACACCCGACACUCAGUACCGGCCUACACACCCAAACCUACAUUUCCCAUUUGCCACUACCACCCUUAA